GGUGAAUUCGCAAUUUUCGCUUGUGCGUCAAAGACGUGACGCUUGCCUUGCCUACCCUACCUGGGCGCUCGACUCGCUCACCGACAUUUCAGAGCCUUGAGCCCGAAGCCUACUGAAACAGCGCUGUCAGAUAUCCGUUCCAGGAACUCAACGGCAGGUUAGGAAUUGAAGCGGCAUGCCAAGGCCCAGGACCAGCGAGGCCUAGGCGAUUGGGUGCCCGCCGCUCCUCGUCGCAUUACCGCUGGAUACAUCAAGCAGAUUAGCAGCCGCGGGCGACGCCGUGGGCCUAGCAAGCCGAACGCGGAAGGCCUUGCGUGUCGGUUGCAAAAGCUCACAAAAUGCACAACAGGGCCGGUGUUCCGGCGGGCAGUCCAUUUUCGCCUGGGACAACCUCCUCGCGAGGAGCUCGGCGACUGCGGACCGAGCCCCAAGCGGGGGUCGGGGUGUCGGCUGCCACUGCCGUGUCACCGCGUGCUGGCGUUCACGCGGCCGGCUACCCAUCCACACCCGCACUGCAUCACGCCUACAGCAUGAGCUACCUAGAUUCGCUCGCCACUCAAUUGCUGAUUAGCCACACAGCUCCAGGCGGGCAUCACGGCCAUGACGGCGCCCACACCCUCUCCACUCACGCGGCUGCUGGCUUCGAGCGAGGCUUCAGCAACGACCUGGAGUUGCUCGUCAGCUCCCUGGAGGAGGAAAACGAGAGCUUGCGCUGCGCGCUUGCGGCGGAGCGGCGAGCCAGGCUUCGGGCGGAGCAUGUGGCGGCGGAGGCGCUUGCACGACUCACGGAGCUGAGCCAGUCGCAGCAGCAGCUGGUGCACCAGGCCUUGCAGCGCGAAGCCAGUCGCGCGCGAGUAGAGCGCUGGCUGCACGCCGCGUCCACGCACGUGCACUGCAAUGCCGUCGCGGCCGGCGCCUCCCGGGCGGCGGCGGCGCCGACGGCGACGACCACCAGCACUGUGACGCCGGCGCCACAGUCGGCCGUGGCGGCGGCGGCGGGCGAGGCAUCCAGCGCGAGUCCGUGCGCAGGCACGGCUUCAGGCAUGGUUGCAUGGCAUAGGGGCGUGGAGUCAGCUGCGGCUGAGCGCAGCGUCAGCGGCAGUGCCGCGUGCGUGCGUACGCAGGACGGCGUGGUGGGCUGCUGGGGCGAACCCGCAGUGGCGGCGGUAGCCGCAUCGGCGGCGUCGGCGCCCGCAUCGCCCCUGCUGCAGCCGCGCCCUGAGGAGGGGGGCCCAGUGCCAGAGAUGCCGCCGCUGCCGUGCCCAGUGUUUGAGGCGCUGAUGCAUGAGGUGGACGAGCUAGCACGCCGCCGCGGCGAUAGCGACGCCGGUGGCCCAGCGGGGCCGCCGCGCGUGCACGGGCAUGCGGUCGGGGCACCCCACCCGCACAUGCAGGUCUUGCAGCCGCAUGUGAUUUACUCGCGUCUGGCUCAUGCGGGGCCGUGCGGUGCGGCCUCUCGGUCCGAGGGGUGCGAGGAAUACGGCCUGCAGAGCGCAGAGCAGCCGGCUGACGGCUGGGGCGCCUGCGCGGCGCCGCCCGGCAGCGGCGAGCGCCUCGCGGCAACGCAGGUGGGCCAGCCGGCGGCGGCGGCGGCUGCCGCGGCUGCAGCUGGAGCGAGAAGCGAGGCAGCCGGCAGCGCUGGCGCCGAGGACGGUGCACCUGUGCACCCAGCGGUGCAAGGCGUGCACGCGGUGUGCCAUGUCUGGCGGCGCAAUGAGAACGGGCUUGCGGCGCCAGCGGCCGUCGCCUCCGCUGCAGCCCUGGCGCCCUGCGUUGCAGAUGCCUACGAGCCGUGUGCAGACCACCAGGCCGAGGCCGAAGCCGGGGCUAAGGGUCCCAUCGGUGGCGGCGAUUGCGGUGGCGGCGGCGGCGGCGGCGACGGCGACGGCGGCGGCUUUAACAGCGCACGUGCCAUGCUGCAGCGCGCCUGCACACUGUCGGCGCUGCCUGUCGGGCAGCUCCACGCCUACGCCCACGCCCAGGGGGCGCCACCCGCUCUGGUGAUGACUGCCACGCACAGCCAGAGCAGCCGGCAGCUGCACAACGCGGCGGCGGCCGCAGCGGCAGCGGCAGCGGACUGGCAGGGUUCGCCAUCAGUGCGGGUGGCCACGCCGCCCGCUAUGGUGCCGCGGCCUCGUAUGAUGACUAUGGGCGGCGCGGAGGGCCCCUGGGCCACCGCUGUGCGCAUGUCCAGCUUUGCGGGGCGUGCGGACGUCGAGGCCGGCGCUGGCGCUGGCGCUGGCGCUGGCUGCUAUGCCGAAGGCAGCUUUGCCGGCGGCUUCGCUAGCGGCGGCGGCGCCAGCGGCAGCCCGCAAGCGUUUGCGUCGUCGGUGCCGCGCCAGUGCUCCACGCAACCGCUGCCAACGUCGUGGCAGCGCGAGCCGCGGCUGCGGCCGAGCGACAGCGGCGCGCUGGCAAACCGCGCAUCCAUGAGUAGUGCGCUGCACGCGGCCGCCUUUGGCAGCAGCCCACACACCCGCACGGCGUCGCAGAGCGGCGGCGUCAGCCCCGGCCAUGCGAGUGGGGCCUUCUCGCGCCUGGUGCUGCAGAGCCAGCACCACCAGGCGAACGGCUGGGACAGCCGGCGAGGCAGCUUUGCGGGCGCUGCCAGCGGCCAAGGGCUGCUGGGUUGCUCAGGUGCCGGCGGCGUGGGCGUGGGCGACAUCGGGAUUGCGGGUCGAGGAGGUGAGGGCGCGGAGGCGGAAGCGGCGGUUGUUGGCGAAGGGGAGGGGCAGGUGGAGUGGAGCAGCAUUCCGUUGCAGUAACGCUAAGUAUUAAGUAAUAACAGCGCAGCAUGGAGCGUCCUCAAGGACUUGUUGGAUGAAUAAAGGGCAUGGCACGGUUGGUUUAGGCCCACACGUGAAUUGCUUCAGCCGCUAUGCACCUUAGCGGGCCCACUUACAUUAUUUUACGGCAACCGUGCUGGCGUCGCAUCCCGGUCGUGGCCGUGUUGCGAACCCCUGUGAAAUACCGUAUGCUGUGUUGUUUUUGUCAGUUGCCGGGCAUAAGUGAUCUUGGCUGAUAAACAUUCUUUGUACACGUAUGUCACGGCUGGUAGUCGUAGCACCAUACGUACUAGUAGUUGCCAUGGCUCAGCGUGCCAUCGUAUUAUCAGCACGGUUGAAUAGAUAUGCAGGCUAGUGUGAUGUCAAUGGAGUUGUUGAUGGCAACACUGACCGGCGUUGAGAGGCUCCAUGCGUAUGGUCUUGUACCACCCAAGCGACCAUGAACUAAAGUAAAUUGCCAGGCUGCAAGUGCGGAAGCAGGAUUGGGGCACCCACGAGUGCACCAGGGUGAAUGAAUGACACGCACGUCGAGCCGCAAUGCAUUGGAUGACCACUACAGUUAAGGCAGCAGUGUGGUAUAUGUUUUAUAAGAAUGGCGCGUGUGAUUACAAAGCGGUGCGCACGAUCUUUGCAUGCCUUCCUGCCUCGUGCGGCACGUGAAAUGGUGUAGUCAAGGACGCUUAGCUGUUGUGGUUUGAUGCGAUGAUGGAUGAGAUUCCGUGUCCGCAGGUGCUCGAAUGCGUCACAGCACGCGUCCACGCACGGACAGGGGUAGGUGAUCCCUGAGGACGGCAGAACCCCGGGGGCCCAGUCCCAAACGAUGCUGUGUGCGCAUGGCUUCCUUAGAAUGGCUGCAAAAAGGAGUGGCAAGUUUCGCUUGUUUGGCUGCAUGCGUAGCAGUGCCUCAGUACCUGUCUGGCCGAUCGAGGGUUCAGGCAGUCACAGUUGGUACAAGUCGCUGCUGGCGCCGUCAUCAAAGUACGAAGGAAUGGCGGCGAUCGGCGUGGACAGGAGAGAGACACGUGUCCCCCAGGAUAGAGAAAUGUUAGCUAGUGUGAAUGCAAAUGCAAGAGGAUGGCCACGGCAUGGCCGUGUGUCGCCGUGUUAGCGUAGGUUAACGCAAUACCGACUGGCAGGACGUGCGGCGCGUGGCGGGGUGAGCGGGGGUAUUCAAUGCCGGUCACUGAAACCGGGCAAGCCCCUGCAGGCCCAUGUUGCUUGCUCAGACACCGUGCGGUUAGUUGCGGACUUUGGGUUCGGCCCAUUCGACACACCCUCCAAUGAACAUUCAAAGGGUGUUGGAUGCAGCACCGAUGUAAGCUUAAUACGCU